AUGCCUCUAGGAUGCACCAUGGUUCAUUACAAGUUCCCAUGCCCGGUUUUAUCCAACGGGCGUGGAAACUCGAUUCGACAUCUUCACCUCAGCCGGUGCGCCUUCCAUCCCACGGCCGGGCUUGGUUGCUUGACAAGGCUGUUUCUGUUGGAGGUGCGCAUCACGGGAGAUGAGUUAGGGCACCUUCUGUCCAAUUCUCUUGCUAUGGAAGAGUUGUGUCUCAAUAGUUGUGAUACGAUAAUUCGCCUCAAGAUAUCUUGCCUGCUAAAUCGGUUCAGCUGCCUGUCAGUGUUUCAUUGCAAGUCUCUGGAAGUGAUAGAGAAUAGAGCUCCAAAUCUUUGCUUUGUUCGCAUUGAUGGCGCCGUAGAGAAACUUCCGAUUGGAGAUUUAUUGCAAAUGAAGAGACUACACAUGUUGGAUUACUACGAAUAUGACAUUGUUCAUGAUGCUCGUUCCAAGCUUCCAUUCAUUAUGCCAAAUCUUGAAACCCUCAACCUAUCUUCGGCUGGAGAGGUAUAUUCUCAAACUUUAGUUUUCCCAUUAUUGUUUUUGCAAGGAUGGCUAGCAGUAGAUUUGAUUGUCAGAGACAGGUGUUGUUUCAUAUAUAUAACAGCAGUCGUGCCAUUGAAUAUGUUUAACCUUUUUAAGGGAAGAAAGUACGUAACCAAUAUCUAUAUGCAGAUGUUCAAUACGCCAAUUUUAGCUGUCAAAUUCCUCUUCCUGAAGAACCUGAAGAUUGAUCUUAAUGAUGGACAGAUGGGGGGCUUUUCCCCAUCCUAUGAUUAUUUUUCCCUAGCUUAUUUCCUGGAUGCUUGUCCUGUCCUGGAGAAGUUUGUCUUGGGUGUAUCACAGACUCGAGUAAAGCAUGAAUUGAUUUCUGAUGGAGACUUGAACAUGAGACAGAUGCCAGGACAUCUCCAUUGCAGCGUCAAGAAUGUCAGGAUAAUGGGCUUCUGCUCUGCAAAGAGCAUGGUCGAACUAACCUACCAUAUUCUUGAGAAUGCAACCUCGCUCGAGCGCCUUACGCUGGACACCAUAUACGACAAUAGUAGUUAUGGAGAUGCUGAAAGGUCUUGUGUCGGGAAAAUAGGUGAAUGCAACCCGAAAAGCAGGAGUAUGAUCAUGCACGCCCACAAAGGGCUGGGGGUUAUUGAUAAAUAUAUCGUGGACAAAGUUCCCUCCACGGUUCAGUUGAGUGUGAAGAAGCUCUGCAGCCGUUGCCAUAAAAUUAAGUCCAAGGGGUUUAGGUAUGAGUAUCGGACUACCACUCCCUAG